AUGCCUCAGACAAUACCAGGCGGGUGUUACUGCCGCAAGAUCCGGUAUGAAAUCACCCUCGACAACCCUGAUGAGCAGGCCCGCACGUCCAUCUGCCACUGCGGCAACUGUAAGAAAUUCACCGGCGGGGAGAACGGCAUCACGAGCAAGAUUCCCAAGUCCAGCUUCAAGGUCACGGAGGGAAAUGACUUUAUCACCGUCCAUGAGGCGGAUAACGGGACCGGGACGAUCUUGCAUCGCGAGUUUUGUAAGGAAUGCGGGGGCCCAAUCUUAGAGUACGGGGCAAAUGCGGGUGACUUCGUUUACAUUUUCUAUGGCUCACUAGACCAUCCGACAACUCUUCCUCCGAAGGGAGAAUUCUUCACCAGCAAGCGGGACUCAUGGAUGCCAGAGGUUCCAGGAUUGUUCCAGAAAAAGAAGAUCAAGGAAUAA